AGCAAGACUGACCAUUUUAUCUUCUCCUAUGUUGUAGUUGAGUUAAGCGGGAAGGAACUGGAAAGCUCUCACUUUCUCCACCGCCACAAUAACAAGCCGUUAGAAUCUUGACUUUGGAAAGGCUCACUGGUUCGGUUUAGUAAAGAUAUGCUGAAUUAGGUGCAAGAAGGAUAGAGUAGAAAUGGGCUAUUGUUGUUAUAAUCCAUCUUCUGCAAGUUCCCAUCUUUUAGUCACCAACUUUUCUCAGCAACUCAAGAGUCUAAAUUUUCCUCAUCAGAAAAGAUGGCCCGAUGGGUUCCAUAGAGCAUCCAAAAUUUUUGCGUACCAUGGUCUGAAGACACCGCCUUAUAAACUCGAUGCUUUAGAACCCUAUAUGAGUAAAAAGACACUGGAGAUGCAUUGGGGUGGGCAUCAUCGUAAUUAUUUGGAAGGUUUGAACAAACAGCUGGCGAAGAGUGACAUACUAUAUGGCUAUACUAUGGAUGAACUUGUCAAAGUAACGUAUAAUAAUGGGAAUCCCUUACCUGAAUUUAACAAUGCUGCCCAGGUUUGGAAUCAUGACUUCUUUUGGGAAUCCAUGCAACCUGAAGGAGGGGACAUGCCCCAGCUAGGCUUACUUGACCAAAUAGAAAAGGAUUUUGGUUCCUUUGCAAAUUUUAGAGAGAAGUUCAAAGAAGCAGCACUAACUCUAUUUGGCUCUGGUUGGGUUUGGCUUGUCUUGAAAAGGAACGAGAAACGACUUGAGAUAAUUAAAACAACAAAUGCAGUAACCCCGCUUGUCUGGGAUGAUAUACCCAUAAUCAGUUUGGAUAGAUAUGUGGGAGCACGCAUAUUACCUGGAUUACAAGAAUGACAAAGGGAAGUAUGUGAAUGUGUUUAUCAACCACCUCGUGUCUUGGAAUAUGGCGUCGGCUCGCCUCGGCCGUGCU